CAUAAAUUUCUCUGACACAUCAGCCAAUCAAAAAAAUUCCCACACGGCCACACACCACAGAAAAUCAUAAGAUCCCAGAUUUGUCCAAAAUACUUUGAUUUCUUCAAACCCUAGAUUUAAGCGAAAAAACCCUAGAACUCAUUCGCCUUAUAACCAUUUCGGUUUCAGAGCUGUGCGUGGUUUGAUCCGUGAGUGCUUUUGUUUUAUACAUUGGCCAUAUAUUCCACUAAUUUGGGUUGAAAUCCAUUCUGGGUUUUAAUUGCUGAAAGUUGCAUUUGUUUUGGCAAGAUAAGAUAGAAUCCGAGUUGGGUUUUGGGUUUAAGACUUGGUAGCAGUGUCUUCCUUUUCUUUAUUUUUCGGUUGAUAGGAAAAGGUUUCGUUUUUUUGCCGCAAGAGUGUUCCUUGCCCAUCAUAUUGGAUUGGUUCAUUGGAAACUGAGGGGUGCCUCUAACUUUGGGGCCAAUUGGUGAGCUGGGUUUUCAUUUCGAGGUGAAUUUAGAAGGAUUAAGUAUACAGUUUGGUGUUGAUGAGAGGAGGGGGGUAGAGGAGAUGAGAUGAGAGAGAGAGCUGAGGAGGGAUUGGGGAGACAACAGUGACAACAAUGUCAUCGGGUAUUCGUAAUUCAGGAAGCAAUGGAUCGUUGCAACAGUUUCAUCUGUUGGCGAUGUUGGCGAUUCAGACCGCGCCUCCCCUAUCUGCCCGUAAGGCUUUUUCUAAGAUGUCCAAAGACAAGGAGAGUUUGUUCCAUUGGAUCUGUAAAUGCACCGGCUGCAAUAAGGUUGGAAUGCUGCUCUUGUGUCUUGUCUCUGCUGCAGUUUUUGGAUGGGUUUUGUAUGUUGGCAAAGGUGAAGAUUCUCAAGAACGCUACCGUAUCGAAAGCAUUAGACUUGACAAUACCUUGAGCUUUCCUGGAUCAUCGCCCACAUAUAUGGAGCAUAAUAAUGAUAAUGGCAUCAUUUCAUCUACACAGAAUUAUGUGGAAAGUAAUCAAAGUAGAUUGCAACCUCCUGCAUUUUUUACAGGAUACACUCUUCCUUCAGGGAAUCCAUGUGAAACUUUCACAUUGCCUCCUCCUCCAGCAGAUAAAAAAAGGACUGGACUUCGUCCAUGUCGAGUAUGUUAUCUACCGGUUGAAGAAGCAAUUGCGCGAAUGCCAAAUUCCCCAUCAUUUUCUCCCGUACUCAAACAGUUAACCUAUAUUCAUGAGGAAAAUCUAAGUAGAAGUGAGUUUGGAGGGUCAGAAUUUGGUGGAUAUCCAUCUCUGUUGCAAAGGAAUGAUUCUUAUGAUAUACGAGAGUCAAUGAAUGUGCAUUGCGGAUUUGUCAGAGGAAUUAAGCCUGGACGUCAAACAGGAUUUGAUAUUGAUGGUUCUGACCUCCUUGAAAUGGAGCAGUGUCGUGGGAUUGUUGUUGCCUCUGCAAUUUUUGGAGCCUAUGAUUUGGUACGACAACCAAAAAGUAUUAGUGAAGCUGCCAAGGAGAAUGUUUGCUUCUUUAUGUUUGUGGAUGAAGAAACGGAACUAUUUCUGAGACAUUCUAGUCGGCUGGAUAACAACAAGAAGCUUGGAUUGUGGAGAACUGUUGUUGUGUAUAACCUUCCUUAUACUGAUCCUAGACGCAAUGGGAAGAUUCCGAAGCUUCUACUGCAUAGGCUUUUUCCCAAUGUCCGCUUUUCUCUCUGGAUUGAUGGAAAACUUCGGCUAGUUGUGGAUCCAUAUCAAAUCCUUGAAAGGUUCUUGUGGAGAAAAAAUGCCAGUUUUGCAAUAUCCAGGCACUAUACACGCUUUGAUGUGUUUCUGGAAGCACGGGCUAAUAAGGUUGCUGGGAAGUAUGAUAGUGCCUCUAUUGACUUCCAGACUGAAUUUUACAAGAUGGAGGGUCUAACCCCAUACUCUAAGGCCAAGCUUCCCAUUACAAGUGAUGUUCCUGAAGGAUGUGUGAUAAUAAGAGAGCAUAGUCCUAUCUCCAACCUCUUUACUUGUCUUUGGUUCAACGAAGUUGACCGUUUUACUUCCAGAGACCAGAUUAGUUUUGCUAUUGUAAGGGACAAGAUUGCGUCAAAGACAAAUUGGACUAUCAAUAUGUUCUGGGAUUGCGAGAGACGGAACUUUGUAGUUAUGGGGCAUCAUAGAAAUGUUCACUGGGCUCCUCCUCCUCCUGGUUCUUCAGCUAUCGUUCAUCCCCCACCACCUUUUGUUGAUCAAACACCAAAUAAAACGACACCUGAGAUUUCUACCCGUUCCAAAAACCUUCUUAAAAAAUAAGCAGUUUAUUUCACAUUUUCAAACUCAAAAAUAAUAUAAAUGAAAAAUAAUUUUUUAAUUUUUUUUGCAUCGUAUAAAAGAUCUCAUCGAGAUCUUUCAAACUAGAUCCAUAUUGCAUAUUUUUAAAUUUCAAUAAAUCCAUAAUUUUUAAGCUUGAAAUUGCCUUAUUAAAAAAUAAGGACUUAUUUUUUGUUCUGAAACGGAGCCUAAGUCGUCCAAUUAAGUAAAUCCUGGCAAUGCGGGGUAAAGAAAAGAAAUCCAGUUCCAAGCGUCACCGCAAGGUUGCUGCGGGCAGUAGGGAAAUCAGUUCCAGAUAAGAUUUUUGUUUUAAGCAAAUUUACAGUUAUUUUCCUUCCCUAUUUAAAAUCAUACUAUGGGGCUGGGAAUAUAGGCAGGAUGAGAGCUUUGUAGUUGUGUUUCUACACAACAUAUCUCUUCUUUUUGCAAUUUUUUGUUUUUUUGGUUUAUUAAAAGCUACCCAUUAUUUGGUGUAUAUAUACAGUUGAGUCCCCAAUAAUUAUCACAUGGGCUGCUUCCAUUUCCUCAUUUGAGGGAGCCCAUUUUCGUUUUUUACAGGAGUUUAUUGUAUUGGACCUUGAUUAUUAAUGAAAAUAUUGGUUUUACUUUGUCCUUGAUAAA